AUGGAUCCAUCAAGAGUUGACGAGCGGAUGGCCGAUUGGGAGCCCUUUCCAAGCACCUCCCGACAAAUCUCCUUGCCUCGGGAUCCUCAAUACAGUAAAAUGCCUUUGGCAGCUUUCCCUGUGCCGGACGUGAAGAGCUCGGUUAUGAAGUUGAAGGUUUUGCGGGCCGGGUCGACCCAUGAGGCCCGGAAUUUCAUGAUGGAUUUGUGGUCGAGAGUCUUGAGGAGGAGGACCUCUGAGUGGAGACGGUUUAGAGACUCGGGCGAAUUGAACAUUUCGUUAAUCUCUAAAAUGAAUCAAGAGAAAUCUUAUGGAGAUUUUGUACCCGUCCGUAACGUUCGGAUGGAUCCAUUUCAACUUUCAGAAGGUGGAAUGAUUAAAAAAGUGGGGCAUUCAAGAAAGAAGCUGAAAUUCUGA